ACUGCUGAUUUUGACUAUAUCACAAUAGCGAAAAAGUUAAAUUUAAAACUUAACAAAAUAAUAUAAAUUGAAAUUGAAAUCCAAAUUUAAACCCUAAAUUUCUGAUAAUUAAACCCUACAAUUUUAAAACAUACUAUAAACGACUAGACCCAAAAAAAUACAGUAUAUAUUAAUCCUUAAAACUUAAAUUCUUGCACUCUAUAAUAUAAACUAAAUGGUAUAUUUACUCAGUAUUAAAAUAACAUUUAUAUAUUUUCCUGUUUUGUCUUGUACGAUCAAUUAACCAUAGCCGAAAAUUGGUAUUCAGCAACAAAAAGAAUAUAGGUAGGACCGUAAAGCCGAUAAUGGAGAUAAAUAUUUCAAAGAUACAGUUGUGUUAUUUGCCUUUAAAAAUAAGUAUAUCUGCUUGUAAUAAGAUUUUCGAAACUCGCAGGAAUAAAUACUUUAACCAAUAGAAUUGAUCAUAAUACCAAUGCUGGUUUAAUCUCAGUACUACAUUCAUAGCAAUACCUACUUCAUUAAAUAUUUUUGACGUGCCCAAUACAGCAGAAGACGAAACUGCAUUAAACAUAUACUCCGAUGUCUACUCAUCAAUGCGUAGUUAAUUGAUUAAGUGUGAAAUUUCAAAUUUUGGACUUGGAAAUAUGAUAAGUGAGAAGGAACAAAGGGGGUAAAUAUGUAAAUCAGAGAAGCUGAAUCUACGUGGAGUUUCCAUGCACAUAAAUGCGUUUUUCUUCGCAUUUAUUACACUUUGUGUUUCCUUCCUCCUUGAAUUUCUCCCUCCAUAAUCUAUUUAUUUAUCCAUUUAGUUGUACUGGGAGGUAAAAUACAGGAGAACAUGUUUAUUACAGAUUUCUUAGGUUGAUGUUUUUAUCAUAAAAUAAAAUAUGAUUUCUUAAUUUUUAACUAAAAAAAUUAAAAGACGUUUCUUAAAUAAGAGACAUAAAAGACAUCUCUUAGUUUUUUUAAUUAAAAAUUAAGAAACCAUAUCUUAUAUUACGAUAUAAACUUCAUUUUAAAAAACCUGCAAUAAACAUACUUUAAUGUAGAUCAUCAUAAAAUAUUAAAAUCGCUAACUGUCCAAGAGCAUUACUGUUGCUUUGGUACAUGGUUACCAGUACCUAGCCGUGCAUGCUUAUGCAUGAAUUUGUUCGUAACUCCAAGUUGUUAAUUAUACAUCAAGUUGGAUCUUUCACGGUGAAAACAAACAAAAUUAUUUGCAUAACGUAAAUAAAUUGUCAUGCAAAUAAAAUCAUAACUUACACCAUCAUACUAAGUAGUAUUAUUAGUAUGGGUAUUUUCUAAGAAUAAAUGAAAUAAAGUGACUGGCUUUAAAUUUGCUAUAACUGGCCACGUUAACUCGAGACUCUUUUUUCCUUCGUCUUAGAUGUUGUCUCCAUCCCCAUAACUCUCUCUCUGCCUACAGUCCCCAUAACUCUCUCUCUCUCUGUCUGUCUCUGCUUUCUGCUAUGACUGCUGACGUAAGCUAUAUCGUACGGAUACUAGGUAGGUACAACGACGAUCGCAUGACGGCAAAGGAUUCCUCCGGACCGGGAUCAUCGGUGGCGCUAAUGACUCGUGAUCUCCUCGGAAGCGCCGGUUGUGGAGGAGACGAUCAUGAUCUGGAGCUUGAUCUUGACCUGAAAGUCCCCAACGGCUGGGAAAAGCGUCUCGACUUGAAGUCAGGGAAAGUGUAUCUUCAACAAUGCAACUCAACGAGCUCCUCUACUCAUCUCCGUCGUUCAGACCAAUUCAACCAAACUGUUCCAAGGUUUCAAGAUUUAAAUUAUCCACCGGUUUCAAGUAAGCCUCCGGAAAGACCAUUGUUAAGUCUCUUCGACGACGCAAGUCUUGAAUUGAAGCUACUCCCUUCUUCAUCACCACCUUCUUCUUCUUCUUCUCUCUCUUUACCAUCGUCGAGUUCGAGUUUCCAGAGUGUUUGCACACUCGACAAGGUGAAGUCAGCUCUGGAGAGGGUGGGGAAAGAAUCAUCCGAGAUGAUAAAGAAACGCAAAUCGCCAGAAGAUGGCGUUUGCGAUCUAACCGCAGAAGCGUCGUCUCCGGUGGCGGUUGGAUGUCCAGGGUGCUUAUCGUAUGUAUUGGUGAUGAAGAACAAUCCGAAGUGCCCUAGGUGUAACUCGUUUGUUCCUUUGGCAGCCAUGAAAAAAACUAAAAUUGAUCUCAACAUAUCUAUUUGAUAUUUUUAUAUCGUAGAUUCAAGUUCUGUAAAUCAUAGGUAAAUCAGGGGUUUAACUGAAAAUAAUGGGUGUUAAUAAAAUUGCUUUGUUUAUCUUGUUUAAGUCACUCUAAAGAGGUACCAAAAUGUUAAAUCGAUUUUUUAUUAUUUUGACAUCAUGUUAAAUCGAUUA